AUGUGGGCAGCGGCACCUCUCCUCCUCCUCCUCCUCUCCCUCCUGCUGCUAGCGCGGCCGCGGCGGCGCGGGGCGCGGCUGGAACCGGGCGGCCGGGCUGUGCUCAUCACCGGCUGCGACAGCGGCUUCGGGCAUCUGCUGGCGCUCCGCCUCCACCGCCUCGGCUUCACCGUCUUCGCCGGCUGCCUCUGCCCCGGCGGCGAGGGGGCGCGGCGGCUGCAGCGGGAGGCCGGCGACGGCCGCCUGCGCGUCCUGCGGCUCGACGUCACCCGCGCCCGCGACGUGCUGGCGGCCAAGGAGCUGGUGCUCAGCCACCUGCCCGAGCGAGGUUUCUGGGGGCUGGUCAACAACGCAGGAAUAUCAACCUUUGGUGAAACAGGGUGGCUGUCGAUGGAGAAAUAUGAGAAAUUUGCAGAUGUGAAUCUCCUUGGGAGCAUCAGGACAACCCUGGCAUUUCUUCCCCUUCUAAGGAAAUACAAGGGACGUAUUGUUUUCAUGUCCAGCAUUAUUGCUUAUUUUACUCUGGGAAAUGGCAUUUAUUCUAUGACCAAGGCAGCCAUUGAAAAAUUCAGUGAUGCUCUAAGACUGGAAAUGAAGAAGUUUGGUGUCCAGGUCUCUAUUAUUCAGCCAGGAAAUUAUGCACGCUCUACAAAAAUCCAGCCACCAGUCAGUGCCGAGGAGAUCUGGAAUGAACUCAGUGAAGAGGAAAAAGCAGCCUAUAAUAAGGAGUAUGUUCAAGAGAGAGCAAAUUUUUUCAACAGCAUCCUCAGCGAAGGAAGCACCAAUGGCAAUGAGGUUGUAGAUGUUAUGGUAGAUGCUUUAACAUCUCCUGCUCCCAAGGCACGUUACAUGGUAGCGAAGCUGAAGGAGAAGGCACUGGUGUUUGUGUGUGCUUUAUUCCCAACCGUUGUGAUGGAUUCUGUUUUGUCUUAUGCACUGAGUAAAGUGAAACUUGCAUAGCCUAUGUCAGGACUGUUGAGUGACUCAAGCUGGGCAGGCUUUUUAAACUCUGAAAGCCAGGGCUCAGUGUAAUGCCCCCAGAAACACCGGGCUGCCACAUUAGGAGACACCACAGAGACUAAAUGGAACAUAUCCCACAGGCCAACUGCACACUUGAAAUCGUUACAGCAGAGAGGAAAACUUUAUUUGACCGACCUUAAUUGUAGGAACCUGAGUAGUACUUUAUUAGGGGUGAUGAGAAGAGGUUAAUGGAAGAGUUAGAAAUGAGCAAUAGACUUUGCAGUACUUUGAAUGGAAAUAAAUGGCUGUAGCAAGUUAGGAAGAGUCAAACAAUAAGGUUGGAAUAUGGAAACAGUGUCUUGACUAACUACAAUUCAGCCCUUUUUCAGGUAU